CUAUUUCCCUUAUAAAAAGAUUAUGAUAAUAUGAAAAAUAGAUACCGAGGAAUUGUAAGAUGCAUAUUAUUUAUAUGUAUGAUGGGUUCAUUGAGACCUUACAAUGAUCCAAUAAAACGGUUUUCAGAAUUUUGGAGAUUUAUGUUUUGGUUUGGAGUAUGUUAUAAUGCUUUUUGAUAUUUUUGAUAUUCUAAAAUGAGAGGGAAGCUAGAUAAUUGAUAAAAUUGGGUGAUGAGAGUUUGGGAAGAUAGGUUACAAAAGAUAUGCCCACUUACGAUAAUAAUUGUGAGUUUGAAUUAGUUAACAUAGUGGAUAAUUUAGAUCAUUAUUUCCUAUAGCAUUGUUUAAAUUGGUUUUUACUGGCCUUCUUACUAAGAGAUGCAUGGUUAUUAAAUUUCUGGUAAAUAUUUAAUGAGGUAAUUGAACUAUCUUGGCAGCAUAUAUUACCACAUUUUAGAGAAUGUUGGUGGUAUCAUGUUUUAUUAGAUGUAUUAAUUGGUAAUACGUUAAUUGUGUUUUUGGGAUUGUGGGUUAGUAAGAAAUUAGGGAUUGGAUAAUUUGAUUGGUUGGGUAGAAAGGACAAAUCAUUUACUUAAUAGUUGGUUUGGCAUGACUAUAAAUAUUUUGGUUCUUCAAUUGGUACUUGGUUAGCAUUGACUAUAAAUUUCUUGGCUGGAUUUUUCUUAAUGAGUUAAUUAUGGGUUCCACCUAAAUGUUGGAUGGUAUCAUAUAGAUUAUUUGUUUGGUUUGAAAUGGGAGUACUGAGUUGGUAGGAGUAAUGGAAUGAUUUGAAGGGGAAUUAAGAUUAAUCAGGUUAAUGUAGAUAUUUGGUUGUGUGGACUCUCUUUGAAGAGACAUUCAUUGGCAUCAAGUUUUUAAAGGAUGCUGGAAAUAUUUAAUAUGUAGAUACACCUUAUUAUAUAUCUAUUCCAUGGAUAGCAACUAUUACAAUUAGUUCAGGAGUAUAUUUAAUAAUGAGAGUGAAAAACAAGAGAAGAUAAAAGUUGAAGGUUAGAUGA